AAGGAAGACGCAAUCAUAACGCUUUUGGAUAUAGACAAAAAUGGAGCAGAGACAUUCUCACAUUUACAACUUAUCAGUCAUACAAUAAUACGUGCUCUGACUGCCAAGACAGAAUAACCGAAGUAGCAAUGCAGAUUUUGCCACACUGCCUUAGUGCUGAUCCCGACUCUGCAAUACACAGCUCUCACACGGAGCACAGAGGAAAUCCAGAGGUUCACCAUACCCGGUGUACAGGUGCUCCCUGCAAGGACAGCCUGAUGGCUUGUGUUGUGUCCCUGUAUCGGCCUUUAUCUUUACUGGCCCCUGUGGGGGUGAGGCGAGCCAUAGUUUGCAGAAUGUCACUGGACAUGCGAGCACGGGAGGUGUUUGCUACGGCUAUCGAAGCUGUGCAACCAGACAUUGUGGUGCGGCGGAGUCUGGAGCGUACAGGAGACACCCUCCUAGUGAAUGGACGCAGCUUCACGCUAAAAAACAACCUUCACCUGGUAGGCUUUGGCAAAGCUGUGCUGGGCAUGGCUGCCGAGGCAGAGAGGAUUGUGGGGGACCACUUGGUGAGAGGAGUGAUCAGUGUGCCACACGGCAUUCAGGAGACAAUACGGCAGCAUGGGAAAGACCAGAUGUUGUUGAAGGAUGGAAGUCACAUCACAGUGAUGGAGGGAGCUAAACACAACCUGCCAGAUGCUGAUGCCCAGAGGGCAGCCGAAUGUAUCAAGGAGCUGGUCAGCACACUAACAGAGAAUGACAUGUUGCUUGUACUCAUCUCAGGAGGAGGGUCUGCACUCUUGCCUGCACCAGUCCCACCAAUCUCUCUUCAAGAGAAACAGGAUGUUACACGCAGACUGGCUGGUGCUGGUGCCACCAUUCAGGAGCUUAACUCUGUACGCCGUGCCCUGUCGAUUUUGAAAGGAGGAGGACUUGCACACUGCGCUCACCCUGCUCAGGUGGUGGCCCUGGUUCUGUCUGAUGUAAUUGGAGAUCCCCUGGACUUGAUAGCCAGUGGCCCCACAGUGUGGACUGAGGUGUGGCCUGAGGAGAUUUGGUCGGUCCUUGAACGUUAUGGGCUGUCCUCCUCUCUCCCUGUCUCAGUGAAAGAGGUGCUUGGACGCUCAGCUCCCCGAUGGGAGGAGUCUGGAGAGCAGUCAGACAGGGCGGCACAUGUUCUCAAUACUGUGAUUGGCUCCAAUAGCAUUGCUCUGGAAUGCGCAGGGAGACGUGCGCGGGAGCUCGGAUUCCGUCCAGUUGUGCUGUCGCCAGGGGUGUGCGGGGACGUACAGUCUGUCUCCCGCCUUUAUGGUCUACUUGCUCGCUUUGCCUGUUCCCGUGAUGAGCCCCCUCCUGAGUUGCCUGCUGAGAUUCUGAAGCUGGGGCCCGAGACAGGCGUGGAAAGCUGGGACUUGUGCCGUGCCAUGCAGGUGCUUGGUGAGGGGCGUGGGGAGGGCUGGGGAGCCACCUGUCUGCUGGCUGGGGGAGAGCCCACUGUGCAGUUGACAGGCAAGGGGCGUGGUGGGCGGAACCAGGAGCUGGCCCUGAGAGUAGGGCUUGAGCUGGGAGGCAUGGAGCUCCCUCCGAAGGGUCCCCUGUUCCUGAGUGGUGGGACCGAUGGUCAGGACGGGCCAACUGAGGCAGCAGGGGCAGUCACAGACGCGGGGCUUGGCAAAGAAGCACGAGCACAGGGGCUCGACCCUGAAGGCUUCCUCGUCAACAAUGAUUCCUUCACCUUCUUUUCACGCCUGUCUGGUGGGCAGCGGCUGCUCCUACCAGGGUUAACGGGUACCAAUGUGAUGGAUGUGCACAUGCUGCUCAUCCCACCAAUCCCCAUAGUCGUGUCUGGUCGUUGAUGAAGACAAGGGCAUGAAAGCUGUCAAUUACACAUUUCAGUAUGAAUCCACACAGAGCAGACUGAGUAUAUUCAGAGAGCAGCUUUUCAAAGCUGCCCAUGCCCAUGAUAUUCUUUCCAUCAAGCACUUUUGGAGAUCCAUGUUUAAUUUAAAAAGCAGCAGUCAGUUAUGUCUAUGAUAAGAAUAAAUACAGUAAAUAGUUUACUUUUGUGUUAUUUGUGAAGAGAUUGUUUCUGUACAGAGCAGUUAGUCCAGCGGAUAACCAAAUAUACCCAAGACUGUUCCACUUUAUGAUACAAGUAUCAGACAUAGUACACUAAUACUAGAUACCUUAAUAAGGAAAAUUGGAAGAUUGGAUGCAGUUUAAUAAAAUGGCUGCCAUUCUGAUUUCCUAUUAGAAGAAAAUAGGGUGAAGUCAUUCCAAAUAAUAUCUAAAUUACUUUGUAAUGUUAUCUACCCACUAAAUAAACCCCACAAAGAACAUAGACAAUAACAUACGCUUAAGACCUUCAAGGGGGUCAUAUUGAGGUCAUUUUGACCAUAGUCCAAUUACCACGGGAAAACAUUUUGGACUUGUUGAUAGAGCCAAGAAAUUCCACAGCUGGGGCAUAUCUAAAUUAUUCUUGGCUAUAGUGCCAUUACAGAUUUGGUCCAUUACCCCCCUGGCUGCCAUUUCCCAUAUGACCACUAACCAGCUGCAUGGGGCCAUAUUGGACAGGAUUCACUUGGACAUGUCGCCAUAAAAAUGUUGGUAGUUUAACAGCCCAAUGAUGGUUCAAAAUGUUUGAGGGGUCUGGGAAAACACAAAAUGGCUCACAAACACCAUAUAUACUUAUCCUUUAAACUUGUGGUGAAAACAUGUGCCAAAUGAAUUUUUCCAUGACUAGUUCCAAUAGUUUUACAUGUAAACACUCUAGAAAGUAAUUUGGGUGUUCCCUGAAGUCUACUGAUUGCAAUGAUAAUGUUUUGUCAAUUUUAAAAAUAAAAAAAAGACAGGAAACCUGCCCUGUACACAUCACUUUAGGUAAAACUACAUAGGAAUGCAUUAUGUCCAGCAGAGACAGGUAACCCAUUAUGAGACCUUUCAGUUUUUACACGGUGUAAAAGUCUAAACAAAGAUGUCUAGCUAUAGUGCCAUUGCAGAUUUAACCUAUUAUACUCAGUGGUGAAUUUUGUUGACCAAAUUUGACACUCAUUGAUCUCCAUACAAAAAUGCCUUACUUGGCGAGAAAAAAAAAAAGAAAACACCUGCUGGAGAAGACAGAUUUUGGGUCCAGUUAUCCCUCUCACUUUGGAUGUACCUCUCUAAUACUACAGAGAUGACUUUAAUCAACCAAGUUGAUUUUCACCUGUUGACUCUUUCUCAAUGCCACACACUUGUCACUAAUUAUCAGGACUGCCCUGAUAGGAUUUAAAUACAAACUGAAGGUAUGAAUGAGCUUGUCAAGCCGUUACUCAGUUUCUUUCCAGUUGUGUGUUAAAAGUACAUCUCCUAUUUCCAUGUAUCUUUUAGUUACGUAAUACUUUUCCUUAUUUGAUACACUGCUCAAAAAAAUAAAGGGAACACUAAAAUAACACAUCCUAGAUCUGGAUGAAUGAAAUAUUCUUAUUAAAUACUUUUUUCUUUACAUAGUUGAAUGUGCUGACAACAAAAUCACACAAAAAUUAUCAAUGGAAAUCAAAUGUAUCAACCCAUGGAGGUCUGGAUUUGGAGUCACACUCAAAAUUAAACAGGCUGAUCCAACUUUGAUGUAAUGUCCUUAAAACAAGUCAAAAUGAGGCUCAGUAGUGUGUGUUUUCUCCACGUGCCUGUAUGACCUCCCUACAACGCCUGGGAAUGCUCCUGAUGAGGUGGCGGAUGGUCUCCUGAGGGAUCUCCUCCCAGACCUGGACUAAAGCAUCCGCCAACUCCUGGACAGUUUGUGGUGCAACGUGGCGUUGGUGGAUGGAGCGAGACAUGAUGUCCCAGAUGUGCUAAAUUGGAUUCAGGUCUGGGGAACGGGCAUGCCAGUCCAUAGCAUCAAUGCCUUCCUCUUGCAGGAACUGCUGACACUCCAGCCACAUGAGGUCUAGCAUUGUCUUGCAUUAGGAGGAACCCAGGGCAAACCGCACAAGCAUAUGGUCUCACAAGGGGUCUGAGGAUCUCAUCUCGGUACCUAAUGGCAGUCAGGCUACCUCUGGCGAGCACAGAGGUAGCGGCCCCCCCAAAGAAAUGCCACCCCACACAAUGACUGACCAACCGCCAAACCGGUCAUGCUGGAGGAUGUUGCAGGCAGCAGAACGUUCUCCACGGCGUCUCCAGACUCUGUCACGUCUGUCACAUGUGCUCAGUGUGAACCUGCUUUCAUCUGUGAAGAGCACAGGGCGCCAGUGGCGAAUUUGCCAAUCUUGGUGUUCUCUGGCAAAUGCUAAACGUCCUGCACGGUGUUGGGCUGUAAGCACAACCCCCACCUGUGGAUGUCGGGCCCUCAUACCACCCUCAUGGAGUCUGUUUCUGACCAUUUGAGCAGACACAUGCACAUUUGUGGCCUGCUGGAGGUCAUUUUGCAGAGCUCUGGCAGUGCUCCUCCUGCUCCUCCUUGCACAAAGGUGGAAGUAGCGGUCCUGCUGCUGGGUUGUUGCCCUCCUACGGCCUCCUCCACGUCUCCUGAUGUACUGGCCUGUCUCCUGGUAGCGCCUCCAUGCUCUGGACACUACGCUGACAGACACAGCAAACCUUCUUGCCACAGCUCACAUUGAUGUGCCAUCCUGGAUGAGCUGCACUACCUGAGCCACUUGUGUGGGUUGUAGACUCCGUCUCAUGCUACCACUAGAGUGAAAGCACCGCCAGCAUUCAAAAGUGACCAAAACAUCAGCCAGGAAGCAUAGGAACUGAGAAGUGGUCUGCGGUCACCACCUGCAGAACCACUUCUUUAUUGGGGGUGUCUUGCUAAUUGCCUAUAAUUUCCACCUGUUGUCUAUUCCAUUUGCACAACAGCAUGUGAAAUUUAUUGUCAAUCAGUGUUGCUUCCUAAGUGGACAGUUUGAUUUCACAGAAGUGUGAUUGACUUGGAGUUACAUUGUGUUGUUUAAGUUUUCCCUUUAUUUUUUUGAGCAGUAUAUAUUGGUUUAAUAUAAUCAUCCUCAUCACCUUUACCUUUUUACAUUAUGCAACUUGCUUAUGUCUCUCCUUUUUUUCAGAACCACACACAAAUCCAACUUUACCAUGUCUAACCACAAGUCCAUAAUAAAUAUGUGAACUUUGGCUCUGUCUCCUUGCUCUCUGACCAGAGCAGAGUAAAUCUAGAUGGUUGUACAGUCAUCUCAAAUAAAACUGAAGGUCCUUGGCGUUACUCUGGACCCUGAUAUCGCCUUCGAUGAACGUGUCAAAAAUAUUUCAGGAGCAGCCUUUUCUCAUCUUCUUAACAUUGCAAAAAUCAGAAACUUCUUGUCUAAAUUUGAUGCAGAAAAGCUCAUCCAUGCAUUUGUCACUUCAAGAUUAGACUACUGCAAUGCUCGACUCUCCGGCUACCCGGAUAAGGAACUAAAUAAACUUCAGUUAGUGCUAAAUACAGCUGCUGUAAUCUUGACUACAACCCCAAAAUGUGAUCAGUGCUAGCCUCCCUGCACUGGCUUCCUGUUAAGGCUAGGGCUGACAUCAAGGUUUUACUGCUAUCCUACAAAGCAUUACAUAGACUUGCUUGUUUGUACCUAUGUCGCCAUUUUGGUUCUCCAUUACAUACUGUACCUACAUGUACGCUACGGUCACAAGACGCAGGCCUCAUUGUUCCUAGAAUUUCUAAGAAAACAGCUGGAGGCAUCACUUUCUCCUAUAUUGCUUCAUUUUUAUAGAAUGGUCUGCCGAUCCAUGUGAGAGAUGCAGACUCCGUCUCAACCUUUAAGGAGUGACGACUCAUCUCUUCAGUAGGUUCUACGAUGAAGUGUACUCCGGCCCAGGGGUGCGAAGGCGAACGACAAGGCACUGGAGUGACAAACCACACUUGCUGUCUCUGCCUAGCCGGCUCCCCUAUCUCCACUGGGAUUCUCUGCCUCUAACCCUAUUACGAGGGCUGAGUCACUGGCUUGCUUGCACUCUUCCUGUCCUUGAGUUUGUGCGAGGACCUGAGCCCUAGGGACAUGCCUCAGGACUACAUGGCCUGACUACUCCUGUCUGACCCUGCUAGUCUUCUAUCAACGUUUGAUCAUCUUGAAGAACGAUCUGGCCUUAAUGGCCAUGUACUCUUAUAAUCUCCACCCCGCACAGCCAGAAGAGGACUGGCCAUCCUCCAGAGCCAGGUUCCUCUCUUGGUUUCUUCCUAGAUUCCUGCCUUUCUAGGAUGUUUUUCUAGCCACUGUGCCUCUACAUCUGCAUUGCUUGCUCUCUAGGGUUUUAGGCUUGGUUUCUGUAUAAGCACUUUACGAUAACUGCUGUUGUAAAAAGGGCUGUAUAAAUACAUUUAAUUAUACCCCUGGUGACAUCUAUCCAACUAGUUCCCUAUCUUGGAUUUCUUAGCCUAUUUUUCAGCAGCCAUAUUGGAAAUGACGCCAGGGUUGUGUAAUUGACCAAAUCUGCGAUGGCACUACAAACAAAAAUACUUAUUUAGACAUGCCGUAGCAAUGUGUGAAAUUUGGUGGCUCUAUAAUUUUUUCACAUAGCUGCUGGACUAUGGUCAAAGUGACCUCAAUAUGACCCCUAUUAAGGUCUUAAGAGUACUUUAUGAUCAGAUGUAUUGUCUAUAUCUUUGGGGUAAUAUAGUGGGUAGAUAAAUUAGUUAUUUUGAUAUUGUUUGGAAUGAUUUUACUUUAUUUUCUUCUAACAGGUACAAGGUUGACUGAUAGGCUCCCUGAACUGCAAAACACUUUAAAAUGUUCCUUAAAGUAUCUAGCAUUAGUGUACCAAGUUUGAUAAUUGUUCCAUUUUAUGAUACAAGUAUGUCACCUAUCUGCUGGACUAAGUUGUGUGCUAGACAUCAUUUUAGACAAUGAAGAAAAAAAACCAUUAGGAAAUUAGAAUUUUAAACAAUUCUUUGUACCAAUCAACUGCACAAGACCAUAACAUAAAAUGUACAAUCAAUGUGCCUACUCCAUUGGACUGCUACAGGUACCAACCUGUACCUGAGACAAUAAAAAGCAUUAUUGGC